AUGGGUUUAAAGGUAAAUCCUGAUAAAAACACCAAUAAAAUUGAAGCCCAAAUAGAAAAAACUCCGGAACACACCACCGAGAAAUCAGAAACAGAAAACAAACAUUUAGAAUCACAAAACAAGCCUGAUAAACAAAAAUCAAAUAAAAGUGGAACAGAGCACAGAAAAAAACCGAAGCAAGAGAAAAAGCGUUCAAUAGAUCAUAAUUUAGUCACUACCUAUCACCCCAGGCCGAUGCCUCCAUAUUGCCCGUACUGGCAGCCAUGCUGGCCACCAAUAGCAAUCUGCAAAUGGGCUCCAUACUUUCAUUUUAGUAACACCAUCCGCAGUUUCCAAAUACCUGUCAUAAUAAAUCCGAAUCAGAUUUUGGCACCGGUGCCCAAUCCAUAUAUUGGAAUGGUCGCGCCACCCGUUCUGUCACCAUUAGUUCAGUAUGGAAACGGAAGUAAAAUACCACAUAGGUAUGAGCCUCUGGUUAAUCAAACCGAUGUUCCGGACUCAUCGGUUAUGGAAUACGUUAUUAAUGAAAUAACGGACGAUAAUUGUGACGAUCCAAAUUUUAGUUCAAUUAUCCGCGAUGACGAUGACGAAAAAAAUAACAAUAAUGUCGCAAUCGAUGAUAAAGACACACGAGAUGCUGAUGUAACAGAAGAAAGAAAAGAAACUACCACAGAUCCGUUAGAAGGCUAUCUAAAGCUACCGAAAAAUCUUUUCCCUAAGGCCAGAUCUAUUAAAUUCAAUCCGAAUUUGAUGAUAGAUGAAAUUUGUAAAUUGCCGAAUAUACUACAACACACUCCUUGGAUCUUGGAUUUAGAGUUCGGUAUACCAAGAGCACCGACAACCAGAGUCAUACCGGCUUACAACGUUAAGUUCAAUAGCAUCCACUGUAAGAACACUCCCGAUGCGAUCCAUCCAGGGUUUGAUAGUUGCGGUCAAGAUUUCAAAGAAAUGUUUUUGUUUUAUUACGAUUCUAUCAUUUCAACUUGGUACAAUGGCUACGUUAUUUGGAAUAAUGAUAACUCGAUUGAUAACUUUCAAAAGUGGUUGAUGCUACCUCUGCAGCUGUUAGGAAUGUGUUGGUCAUGA